UUGGAGGCCCCAUUCCAUCCUGUUUAGCUAAUACUCGUCCUACUCGCCUCACCCCCUCCGGCCCCAGCUUUGCUUCUCUUCUUCUCCACCUCAUUGUGUCCGACCCCUGUGCCGCGCAAGCCAGAUGGAGGUGAGUGUCAAGCGUAAGGCGAGGAGGAGGCAGGUGCCGGCGUUCGGGGAGUGGAACUACUGCCACGGCUACGACGAGCCACCGGCCGAGCGCCACGCCGCCCCGGAGGACUGCAGCGACGUAUGGUUCAAGUACUCGCCGCCUCCGCGCAAGCCGGCGCCCAAGAAGACGAGGAGCGACGUGGCCCGGGAGAAGAGCAGGCGUGCGCGGGCGUUGGAAGGCGGCGGCCUGGCGCGCGCCACGUCCAGAGCUGCCUCCGCGUCCAGGGUGGUGCGGCCCGUCGACGAGGACCUGUACCAGGUGCCUCCGCCGGAGCUUGCCUCCCGCCGGUACCGGCCAAGACGGAAGAGGAGCCUGUGGAUGGAGUGCCUGGGCCUCAACUCGUGCGUCGCCUGAACGCUUGUGGAUGGGAUGCUUUGCUGCAUGCUCGUUCUUGACAAGGAAAUCGAUCGACCGGUCGAAUGCUGUGUGUUUUGUUUUGUGAUCUCUUGGGCUGAUUAUGACUUGUAAUGCUUUCUAGCUACUACUAGUUUUUGUUUCCACCGCAAGUUGUAUUCCAAGACCAACAGCAGGUAUGGUCUCGUGCCUAGGCUGGGUCGAUGUGUUGAGAGUAUAGAUUAAGACUGACGUUCUUUGAGGUA